AUGCGCGCCUUGUCGCUGCACCCUCUACAGAUCAAGCUCCUGCUGAUAGGCGACUCGGGCGUCGGCAAGUCCUGCUGCUUGCUGCGCUUCAGCGAAGACUCCUUCACGCCCUCCUUCAUCACGACGAUCGGCAUCGACUUCAAGAUCAGGACAAUCGAGCUCGAUGGCAAGCGCGUCAAGCUACAAAUUUGGGACACAGCCGGCCAAGAACGCUUCCGAACCAUUACCACCGCCUACUACCGCGGUGCCAUGGGCAUCCUACUCGUCUACGAUGUCACCGAUGAGCGUUCCUUUAACAAUAUCCGUACCUGGUUCCAGAACGUAGAGCAACACGCCACCGAAGGCGUCAACAAGAUCCUCAUCGGUAACAAGUGCGACUGGGAGGACAAGCGUGUCAUUUCCGAGGAGCAGGGGCAGGCCCUCGCAGACGAGCUCGGCAUCCCCUUCCUCGAGGUCUCGGCAAAGAGCAACAUCAACAUCGACAAGGCCUUUUACAGCCUGGCUGCUGACAUCAAGAAGCGACUCAUUGACAACCAAAAGAACGAAGCUGGCUCCUCUGGAGGUGUCAAUGUCGGUGACAAGACGGACGGCGGCAUGGGAAGCAAGUGCUGUUGA